UUCAUACCUGUUCUCUUGCUUAGGCUUAAAUAAGUUUUUAAUUCAUUUUAAAUAACCAAACUGUCGUGAGUUGCCAAAAAAAAAGGACGUAAAGAGGCCGUCUGAAUUGAUUCCAUAAUAAGGACGAUAUAACUUCCAUAAGAAAAAGGUUUGGCCGGCAGCUGUGAUGACUGAAGGAUUCCAGGAUCUAGUAGCACUGUGAUGACUGAUGACCAACCUGUGAAUCUCAUCUUUCCACCAGCUGCCAUUUGGAGGAGAGUGACACUAAUGUGACAACUCUGUUUACUUACAUCACAGUUGCUCUACUAUUCGUCGCUACUCAGUGAAACAUUUGACUACAGGUUGUUAAUUCGAGCUAGAUCCAGUGGCAGGUGCCACUUUCGAGUAUAAAUCAGAGGCACCACGAGUUGCCUUACACUAAAACAAACACAGCCAUCCCAGCAACCAAAUUAAGAGCUCCACAGGCAACGAUGGCGCUACUCCGAGAGUUGCUACUGCUCACCUUCGCCUGCCUUGCAUCUUCUCCUUGCUCUGUGUCCACAAGCAACAUCACCGACUACCUUGUGCUCAUGUCGUUCAAGUCACAUGUGAGCAUGGACCCAUCGGGAGCCCUGGUGCAAUGGGGCAACAUGUCUGUUCCCAUGUGCCAGUGGCCCGGUGUGGCAUGCAGCUUGAAUGGAAGCCGGCUUGGCCGUGUGGUGGCGUUGAACCUCACCAUGCUCAACCUUGUUGGCACCAUCACUCCAGCGCUGGGCAACCUAACCUACUUGAGGGUGCUCGACCUUUCAUGGAACCACUUUCAUGGCAUCCUGCCACCAGAGCUUGGUAAUCUCCGUGACCUUGAGUAUCUUAUACUUCAAAUAAACUCCAUCCAAGGUUACAUUCCACCAUCACUCGCAAAUUGCAGUCACCUUGUCUCCAUCCUUCUUGAUACUAAUGAGUUACAGGGUGAAAUACCAGGCGAGUUCAUCUCACUGCAUAAUCUCAAGUACCUCUACCUCAACAGAAAUAGACUUACGGGAAAAAUUCCUUCGAGCAUUGGAAGCCUUGUGAGUCUAGAAGAGCUUGUCCUACAAUAUAAUAACUUGACAGGAGAAAUCCCAACACAGAUAGGCGGCAUUGUCAAUCUCACCCGUUUAUCACUAGGUGUCAAUCAGUUAACGGGAACAAUACCUGUUUCACUUGGAAACCUCUCAGCAUUGACCAUUCUCAGUCUUCUAGAAAAUAAACUAAAAGGAAGCAUCCCACCACUGCAAGGCCUCUCUUCUCUUGGUGUACUACAGCUGGGGAGAAACAAGCUGGAAGGAACCAUCCCGCCUUGGUUAGGAAACCUCUCUUCUCUCGGUGUACUGCAUCUGGGGGGAAACAAGCUGGAAGGAACCAUCCCACCUUGGUUAGGAAACCUCUCUUCACUAGUAUCCAUAGACCUGCAGGGAAACAGUCUAGUAGGUCAAAUCCCAGAAUCAUUAGGAAAUCUUGAGCUUCUUACAACGCUUUCUCUCUCAAGCAACAAACUUUCAGGCUCGAUACCCCAUUCCAUCAGAAACCUCGAUUCCCUCACUGGACUUUAUCUAAACUAUAACGAGCUAGAAGGAUCUAUGCCUCAGUCAAUGUUCAACCUCUCUUCUCUUGAAAUUCUGUCAAUAGAUUACAACAACUUGACUGGGGUUCUCCCAAUCGAUAUGUAUAGCAAGCUAUCCAAACUCAAAACAUUCAUUAUAUCAGUCAAUCAAUUUCAUGGCAUGCUACCAUCAUCCAUAUGCAAUGCUUCUAGGCUUCAACAAAUUGAAAUAUCCGGUACCUUAAUAUCGGGAACAAUUCCACAGUGUUUGGGAACUCAUCAAAUGAACCUGUCCAUAGUGGUGUUUGCAGGAAGUGAGUUCGAAGCAACAAAUGAUGCUGAUUGGAGCUUCAUGUCUAGUCUAACCAAUUGUACCAAUAUGAGGCAACUAAGUUUGCCUUCCAACAAACUCAAGUGUGUGCUACCAAAUUCAAUUGCUAAUUUUUCAAUCGGAAUGAAGUUUCUUGACCUAGGAAACAACAAGAUAACUGGAACAAUACCAGGAGGAAUAGGGAACCUCAUCAACCUAGAGGCACUUGGUAUGGGUCAAAAUAUUCUUCUAGGAGCUAUUCCAUCAUCUCUCGGUAAACUCAAGAAGUUGAAUUUCUUAUCUUUCACAAAUAACAUUUUGUCAGGACCCAUCCCUGAAACUCUGGGUAAUCUGACACAACUUAAACUUUUUCUUAGUGGUAAUCACAUCAGUGGACCCAUACCUUCAAGUCUCAAAAACUGUCCAUUAGAACUUUUGGAUCUUUCUCACAAUAAUCUUUUUGGUUCAAUACCUAAAGAACUAUUUUUCAUAUCAACAUUGUCAAUUUACAUGAAUCUUUCACAUAAUUCCUUGUUAGGGACUUUGCCAUCAGAAGUGGGCAAUCUCAAAAAUCUCAACGAAAUUGAUUUUUCCAAUAAUAUGAUUUCUAGUGAAAUCCCAGACUCUCUUAGCGAGUGUCAAAGCCUGGUAUAUCUCAGUUUAUCUACAAACAUCAUUCAAGGGACAAUUCCAGUAUCACUUGGAACUCUAAGGGGCCUCUUCAGACUUGAUCUUUCCCACAAUAAUUUAUCUGGGACCAUACCUGAGACCCUUGCUAGAUUAUCAGGUAUUUCUUCAUUGGAUCUCUCGUUCAACAAACUCCAAGGUAUAGUUCCGAUCGAUGGGGUAUUUCAGAAUGCAACUAGAGUCUUAAUCACUGGAAAUGAUGAUCUGUGUGGUGGUAUCCCCGAACUAAAAUUACCGCCCUGCUUGAACACCACCACCAAGAAGUCACAUCAUAAAGUUGCCAUAAUAGUUUCCAUAUGCAGUGGAUGUGUUUUUCUCACACUAUUAUUUGCAUUAUCCAUACUCCACCAAAAGAGCCACAAAGCAACAACAAUAGACCUACAAAGGUCAAUAUUGAGUGAGCAGUAUGUGAGGAUUUCCUUUGCUGAAUUGGUCACUGCAACAAAUGGUUUCGCAUCUGAAAACCUCAUCGGAGCAGGGAGCUUUGGAUCAGUGUACAAAGGCAAAAUGACAGUAAAUGAUCAGGAUGCAGUUGUCGCUGUUAAGGUUCUCAACCUCAUGCAGCGUGGCGCGUCUCAAAGUUUUGUCGCAGAAUGCAACACUUUAAGAUGCGCUCGACAUCGAAAUCUUGUAAAGAUAUUAACUGUCUGCUCAAGUAUUGAUUUUCAAGGCCGGGACUUCAAGGCCCUUGUGUUUGAGUUUCUUCCAAAUGGAAAUUUGGACCAAUGGGUACACCAACAUACUAUGAAAGAAGAUGGUGAACAGAAGUCACUAGAACUGAUUGCAAGGCUGCACAUCGCAAUUGAUGUGGCAGCCUCGCUUGAUUAUCUACACCAACAUAAGCCAGCGCCAAUUGUUCAUUGUGAUCUUAAGCCAAGCAAUGUUCUCCUGGACUGUGACAUGGUUGCGCACGUUGGUGAUUUUGGGCUAGCGCGGUUCUUGCAUCAAGACAAAGAUGAAUCAAGUGGUUGGGAAUCAAUCAGAGGAUCAAUUGGUUAUGCAGCUCCAGAGUAUGGACUUGGCAAUGAAGUCUCCACCCAUGGUGAUGUAUACAGCUUCGGCAUACUGUUACUAGAGAUGUUGACUGGAAAAAGACCAACAGGCAAUGAAUUUGGAGAAGCCACUGAGCUCCGAAACUAUGUUCAAAUGGCACUACCAGACAGAAUGAGCACUAUUGUGGAUCAACAACUACUAACAGAGAUAGAAGAUGAUGAGCCAAGCACCUCAAACUCCAGCAGCAUUAGAGGUGCUAGAAAUGCUUGCAUCGCUUCAAUUCUGCAUGUUGGGAUUUACUGUUCAGACCAGACGCCAACGAAUCGUCCAUCAAUUGGAGAUGCUCUAAAAGAGUUGCAAGCAAUUAGAGACAAGUUUCAGAAGCACCUUCGUCAUGAAGGGGUGCGUCAUCUGUUAGCUGAAGUGUGAAUGAUUUCUUAUAUGUUAGAAUUGUCUCAAAUAAAUUUGUACAAUAUGGUUAAAGUUAGGUCCGUCGAGUUGUAAUUUGUGAUUAAGAGAUACUCCCUCUAUCCUGUAAAGAAGAAUUCUAGCAUAGUAGCAAGUUAAACUAUUUAUGGAUUGAUCAAGCUUAUACAAUAAUUAUAAAUAUUUAUGGUAGUAAAUAAGUAUCAUCAGAUUUGUCGCGGAACAUAUUUUCAUAGUAUAUCUAUUUGGUGUUAGAGAUAUCAUACCCUUUUCUAUAAGUUUGGUCUAAAGUUAGAAUACCGAAGUCAGCAAGGGAAACCCCAGCCUAUUUUUUUA